AUGACCUUGCCCUUGACGGAGCUGAAGUCGAAGAUCGAGGAAGGGGAGGCCGAGAGCAAGGCGGCUGAGAAGGAGCUCGAUGCGCUUCUCCGGUCCCUCCAGAGACAGUACGAGGCUGGGCAGAAGUUGAAGGCACAGAAGCAGAAGGAGAUCAACGAGAGAGGCCUCUCGCUGAUGAAGGCAGCGCAGGUGUACAGAGAGUACACCAAGCAGGAGGCCUGA